AGUGACUAAACGGCGCGGGCUCCGCGAGCAACUUGCUGUAGAAUCGAAAACUAGUGACCCGCCCCGAAAAGAAUUGAAAAGCGAAAUCGUAACCCUAGUAGCAGCACUUGGUGCUGGAAAACCCAGAAACAUUUCUUGCGAAACCCCCUCGAAAUCAGUGAUCAAAGACCAUGGAGUACAACAGCGUUCUUCGCUCGAACUUCUCGCGCAAUGAAUAUCGGAGAUACAUAUCCUACGAACGCCAGUCGUUGGCAUCACAAUAUGAGCCGGGAGGCUACUCCGCGCUGCAGACGUCGACGCCUUCGAAUCGCAACUCCGCCAACAUGACCCAGCGGGACGGCAUCAUCAAGUUCGAGAACGAGCGGAUCAAGACGCUCCAGGAGGAGCGGCUGCACAUUCAGAAGAAGACAUUCACAAAAUGGAUGAACUCCUUUCUGAUCAAGGCCAAAAUGGAGGUCGAAGACCUAUUCACAGACCUGGCCGAUGGCAUCAAGCUGCUCAAGCUGCUGGAGAUCAUAUCGUCGGAGAAACUGGGCAAGCCGAACAGCGGACGCAUGCGCGUCCAUAAAAUCGAAAAUGUCAACAAGAGUCUGGCAUUCUUGCACACCAAGGUCCGCCUGGAGUCGAUCGGUGCCGAGGACAUUGUCGAUGGCAACCCCCGUCUCAUCCUGGGUCUCAUCUGGACCAUCAUUCUGCGGUUUCAGAUUCAGGAAAUUGAAAUCGACGUGGAUGAGGAGAACGAGUCCAGCGAGAAGCGAUCCGCCAAAGAUGCGCUGCUUUUGUGGUGCCAGCGCAAGACGCAUGGCUAUCCGGGCGUCAACAUCACGGACUUCACCAACUCCUGGCGCUCCGGGCUGGGAUUCAACGCGCUCAUCCACUCGCACCGCCCCGACCUGUUCGAGUACAGCACCAUUGUCAAUUCGAAGAACUCCAACCUGGACAAUCUGAACCAUGCCUUCGACACGGCCGCCAACGAAUUGGGCAUUCCCAGCCUGCUCGAUGCGGAGGACAUUGACUCCGCCCGACCGGACGAGAAGUCGAUCUUGACCUACGUGGCCUCCUACUAUCACACCUUUGCACGCAUGAAGAACGAGCAGAAGAGCGGCAAGCGCAUCGCGAAUAUCGUCGGCCAGCUGAUGGACGCCGAUCGCAAGAAGAUCCAGUACGAGGGCCUGACCACAAACCUGCUGAGCUGGAUCCGCCAGAAGACGCUCGAGCUGGAGCAGCGCGACCUGCCCAACUCGCUGGAGGGCAUCCAGCGGGAACUGCUGGCCUUCAAGGAGUACCGCACCAUUGAGAAGCCGCCCAAAUACAAGGAGCGCAGCGAGAUCGAGGCGCUGUACUUCACCAUCAACACGCUGCUGAAGGCGCUCAACCAGCCGCCGUACAAUCCGCAGGACGGGCAGCUGGUGAACGACAUCGAGAAGGCCUGGCAGAUCCUCGAGUACGCCGAGCACCACCGCGAGGUGGCCCUGCGGGAGGAGCUGCUGCGCCAGGAGAAGCUCGAGCAGCUCAACUACAAGUUCGAGAAGAAGUCGGUGCUGCGCGAGGGCUACCUGAAGGAGAUGAUCCAGGUGCUCUCCGACCCGCGCUACCUGCGCCAGGUGGACGCCACGCUGAAGAAGCACGAGGCCAUUUCGGCGGACAUUUUAGCUCGCGUGGAGCGCUUCAACGACCUGACCGCCAUGGCCGAGGAGCUCGACCGCGAGAACUACCACGGCAAGGAGCGCGUGCGCCGUCGCGAGCAGGAGGUGAUGGCCAAGUGGCGCCAGCUGCUGGAGCUGCUCGAGAACCAGCGCCUGAACCUCUCCCAAAUGAGCAACCUGAUGAACCUGCUGCGCGAGAUCGCCGGCACCACGGAGGCGGUGCGGGAGCUGCAGCAGCAGUUCGCCUCCGAGGACGUCGGCCCCCAUCUGCUCGGCGUGGAGGAGCUGCUGCAGGCGCACUCGCUCCAGGAGCUGCAGGUGAACACCUAUGGCGAGACCCUGAAGCGCUUCAACCGCCAGGCGCUGCCCUACAAGAGCUCCGAGCACAAGGACGCUGCCCUGCUGGCCCAGCGGCUGGCCGACCUGGAGGAGGCCUACUCGGAGCUCCUCCGCCGCUCGGCGGCGAGGCGGGCUCGUUUAGAGGAGGCUCGCAACUUCCACCACUUCAUGGAGGACUACGACAACGAGGAGUCCUGGCUGGUGGACAAGCAGCGCAUUUGCAAGACGGGCAUCACGGCCAAGGACCUCCGAGCGGUGCUCUCGCUGCAGCAGAAGCACAAGGCGCUCGAGGACGAGAUCAAGUCGCGCAAGCCCAAGUCCGGCCAGAUGUCCAGUGCGGGCAAGCGGCUCAUCGGAGAGGAGCACCCGCGCUCCGGCGAGAUCCAGAGCCGGAUCGACUCGCUGGCGGAGCACUGGCAGGCGCUGGAGGCGCUGGUGGAGCUGCGCCGGCGGCAGCUGGAGGACGCCGCCGAGGCGUACCAGUUCUACACGGACGCUAACGAGGCGGAGUCCUGGCUAAACGAGAAGAUGGCGCUGGUGAACUCGCGCGACUAUGGCAGCGACGAGCCCUCCGCCCAGGCGCUGCUCCAGCGGCACCGGGACCUGCAGGGCGAGCUGAACGCCUACUCCGGCGACAUCCUCAACCUGAACCAGCAGGCGGACAAGCUGAUCAAGGCGGGCAUCUGCACGCUGGAGCUCUCCGCCGCGGAGCCGGAGCUCCCGGAGGCGGAGCAGGAGGAGUGGGUCAACGAGACGCGCCUGGUGCCCAAGGAGGUGUGGGAGGACGAGUGGGUGGAGAAGCUGGAGCACAAGAAGGUCACCGAGACGAAGCUGCUGCCCCACGUCAAGUCGCUCUUCCCCUUCGAGGGCCAGGGCAUGAAGAUGGACAAGGGCGAGGUGAUGCUGCUCAAGUCCAAGACCAACGACGACUGGUGGUGCGUGCGCAAGGACAACGGUGUCGAGGGAUUCGUCCCCGCCAACUAUGUGCGCGAAGUGGAGCCCCGCCCGGUGGCCUGCAUCGUGCCGAAGGCCGAGAAGGUCAAGUCGCUGCAGAAGGUCAAGAAGACGAUCCUGGUGCGCCAGGUGGUGCCGGUGAAGCGCAUCAAGCCGGUCAGCGUGGCGCCGAAGCCUCUCGUCCAGCGGCGGACCUCCACGCAGAGCAUCAACGAGAACGCGGACAGCGUGGAGCGGCGCCAGCAGCGGAUCAACCAGACGUACGACGAGCUGCAGGAGAUGGCCCAGAAGCGGCACGCCCUGCUGGAGGACUCGAUCCACCUGUUCGGCUUCUACCGCGAGUGCGACGACUUCGAGAAGUGGAUGAAGGAGAAGGAGCGUAUGAUCCGCGCAGAUGGCGAUGGAGGCGACAGGGGAGACGGAGGAGAGGGCGUGGAUAAUGCGAAGCGCAAGUUCGAGAAGUUCAUCACGGACCUCUCGGCCGCCUCGAAGCGCGUCGAGGAGAUCGACGGCGCCGUGGACACCUUCCGCCGACAGGGCCACUCGCAGCUGGACAAGAUCAUCGCGCGCCAGCGCCAGAUCCACCAGAUCUGGCAGCGACUGAACAACGCGAAGGCGCAGCGCGAGAAGAGCCUGGAGGGCGCCUCCAGCGUGGAGCUCUUCAACCGCACCUGCGACGAGGCGAAGGUCUGGAUGAGCGAGAAGAUGCUGCAGCUGGACACGGCGGUGAUCACCCCCGAUCUCCGCACGGUGCAGGCCCUGCAGCGGCGCCACCAGAACCUCGAGCGGGAGCUGGCCCCGGUGGAGGACAAGGUGAACCGGGUGACCUACCUGGGCAACUCGGUGAAGAACGCCUACCCGGCGGAGAAGGAGAACGUGAACGGGCGCCAGCAGGAGGUGCAGGACAUGUGGCAGCAGGUGCAGCAGCGCGGCAGCGACCUGCGCAACCGCAUCGAGAGCGAGGUGGGCCAGCAGAUCUUCAACAACAGCGCCAAGGUGCUCCUCGCCUGGAUCGACUCCGUCAAGGACCAGCUGAACGCCGAUGAGUCCGCCCGCGACGUCGAGACGGCCAACAACCUGCUGAAGAAGCACAACGACCUGGGCGACGACAUCCGCGCCCACGACACCGAGUUCCUCGAGGUCAUCCAGCUGGGCAAGCAGCUCUCCGACGGCAAGCAGCACAUGGCCGACACGGCGGCGGUGGUCGAGCGGCUCCGCGCCGAGCAGGACGCCAUCCACCGCGGCUGGGCCGAGAAGCAGAAGUGGCUGCUGCAGUGCGUCGAGCUGCAGAUGUUCAACCGCGAGGCGGACAAGAUCGACGCCACCACCAAGAGCCACGAGGCCUUCCUGGAGUACAACAACCUGGGGUCCUCUCUGGACGAAGUGGAGGCCAUCCUGAAGCGCCACCUGGACUUCGAGAAGAGCCUGAUGGCCCAGGACAAGAUCCUCAAGGGAUUCUCGGACAACGCGGACAAGCUGAUUGCCAACGAUCACUACGAUUCAAAAUACAUCGGAGAUCGACGCAAUCAGGUGCUGGGCAAGCGCAAGGCCGUCAAGGAUCGCGCCUUUGAAAGGAAGCGCCUCCUGCAGGCCUCGAAGGACUUCCACAAGUUCGCCGCCGAGGCGGAUGACCUCAAGGUGUGGCUGCAGGACAAGACGAGGAUCGCUGGCGACGAGAGCUACCGCGACCUGAGCAACCUGCCCCGCAAGCUGCAGAAGCACCAGGCCUUCGAGCGCGAGCUGCGCGCCAACGAGGGCCAGCUGCGGAACGUGACCAAGGACGGGCAGGCGCUGGUCCAGGCCGGCAACCGGGUGCCCGAGGUGGAGUCCCGCGUGGCGGACCUGAACAAGCGCUGGAAGGAGCUGCUCGCCCUCUCCGAGGACAAGGGCCGCAAGCUGGAGCAGGCCGCCUCCCAGCGGGAGCACAACCGCGCCCUCGAGGACGCCAAGAAGAAGGUGGACGAGCUGGACUCUGCUCUGAGGAGCGGCGACGUGGGCAACGACCUGCGCAGCUGCAAGGACCUGAUCAACAAGCAGCAGCUGCUCGAGUCGGAGAUCACCAUCUGGGACCAGAAGGUGGCCGAGCUGGUCUCCACGGGCGACGACAUGGCCCACGAGGGCCACUUCAAUGCGCAGAACAUCGAGGCGGGCACCAAGGAGCUGCAGCAGCGCUUCAAGGACCUGCGCGAUCCCACGCAGCGUAGGAGGGAGAAGCUAGAGAAGAGCCUCAACUACCACAAGUUCGUGUUCGAGCUGGACGCGGAGUUCCAGUGGAUCAGAGACCACCUGCCGGCGGCCAAGUCCAACGAGCUGGGCCAGAACCUGCACCAGGCGCAGUCGCUGCACAAGAAGCACAAGAAGCUGGAGGCGGAGGUGAAGGGCCACCAGCCGGUGAUCAACAAGGCGCUGCUCUCGGGCCAGUCUUUGAUCGCCGAGCAGCAUCCGGAGCGGGAGCAGGUGGAGCAGCUGUGCCAGCAGCUGGAGCAGGCCUGGCAAGACCUGGAGCGGCACUGCGGCGAGCGCUCCCGCAAGCUGGAGAUGAGCCUGAAGGCCCAGCAGUAUCUGUUCGACGCCGGCGAGAUCGAGUCCUGGCUGGGUGAGCGGAACAACGCCCUGCGCUCCACGGAGUACGGACGCGACCGCGACUCCGCGGCCAAGCUGCUCACCAAGCACAAGACCAUCGAGCUGGAGCUGGACACCUACUCGGGCAUCGUGACCGAGAUGGGCCACAGCUGCGCCGCCAUGGUGGCCGCGCAGCACCCGGACAGCAAGGUGCUGGCCGCCAAGCAGCAGCUGAUCGAGAAGAUGCUCAAGUCGCUGCACAAGCUCUCCUCCCAGCGGCAGGGCCGGCUCAUGGAGAGCCUCUACAAGCACGAGUACUUCCUCGAGUCCGACGAGGUCGAGCAGUGGAUCCGCGAGCAGGAGCAGGCCGCCUCCUCGGAGGACUACGGCCAGGACUUCGAGCACCUGCAGCUGCUCCAGAACAAGUUCGACGACCUCAAGCACCGCGUCGAGGUGGGCGCCGAUCGGGUCGACCAGUGCGAGCUGCUCGCCAAGAAGCUCAUCGACUCCGAGAGCCCCUACGCCAACGAGGUGGAGAAGCGCCAGGAGCAACUCAGAACUUCGUGGGAGAACCUGCUGCAGCUGCUGAACCAGCGCGAGCAGAAGCUGCACGCGGCGGGCGAGAUCCACCGCUUCCACCGGGACGUGGCGGAGGCGCUGUUCCGCAUCCAGGACAAGAACGCCGCCCUCUCCCAGGAGCUGGGCAAGGACCUGAACUCCGCUCUGGCGCUGCUGCGCAAGCACGAGGGCUUCGAGAACGACCUGGUGGCCCUGGAGGCACAGCUCCAAGUCUUGGUGGAGGACUCCGUGCGGCUGCAGGCCAAGUAUCCCUCCAAUGCAGCGGCGAUCGCCCAGCAGCAGGACAAGGUGGUGGCCGCCUGGAACGACCUGAAGGAGCGCUCCACCGCCCGCGGAGAUCGGCUGGCCGCCAGCUCGGACCUGCAGACCUUCCUCACCGACGUGCGGGACAUCGUUUCGUGGUCCGCGAACCUGCGCGCUGCCCUCCAGGCGGAGGAGCACGUGAGCGAUGCGGCAGGAGCCACGGCUCUCAAGAUCCAGCACGACGCCAUCUACGGGGAGAUCGAGGCGCGGGAGGACAAGUUCCGCUACCUGAACGAGCUGAGCGACUCGAUGGUGCAGACCGGACACUACGCCGCCGCCGACGUGGAGGAGAAGUGCGCGGCGAUGCUGGACGAAAGGCAGAAGCUGCACGCCGCCUGGAACAAGAAGAAGAUCAUGCUGGAGCAGAAGAUCGACCUGUUCUGCUUCCUGCGCGACGCGAAGCAGAUCGACAACCUGUCCAGCUCGCAGCAGGCGGCGCUGAGCAGCUCCGACUUCGGGCAGACGGUGGAGGACGUGCAGAACCAGAUCCGCAAGCACGACGAGUUCGAGCGGCUCAUCCAGACGCAGGAGGAGAAGGUGGCCCUGCUGCAGGAGCACGGCCGCAAGCUGAUCGAGCAGCGCCACUACGACAGCGCCAACAUCCAGACGAUCCUCCAGGGCGUCCUCGCCCGCCGCCAGAAGGUGAAGGACCUCUGCGCCGUGCGCCGCUACAAGCUUGAGGAUGCCCUCCUGUACGCCAAGUUCGUUCGCGACUGCGCCGAGGCGGAGUCCUGGAUCAGCGAGAAGCAGAAGAAGCUGGAGGCGGACGCGUCGAGCUUCGCGGAGGUGGCCAACCUGGACGAGAAGAUCAAGAAGCUGCAGAAGCACCAGGCCUUCCAGGCCGAGGUGGCCGCCAACCAGGGCCGCAUCCAGGAGAUCCAGGACACGGGCGUCAUCCUGCUGAGCAAGCAGCACGAGUCCUCGCCGGAGAUCAAGCAGGCCAUCGAGCGGGUCCUGCAGGCCUGGCAGGGACUGCUAGCCGAGCUGGAGCAGCGCGGCCGGGGGCUGGAGGAGGCCCAGGACAGCCUGGAGUUCAACAGCCAGCUGGACAAGAUCGAGGCCUGGAUCCGCGACAAGGAGAUGAUGGUGCAGGCCGGCGACACGGGCCGCGACCUCGAGCACUGCAACGCACUCAUGCGCAAGCUGGACGAUGUGGACUCGGACAUGCGGGUGGACGACCAGCGGGUGCGGCACAUCAACCAGCUGGCCGACAAGCUCAUCAACCAGGCGCAGGUCCCUGCGGACACGCAGAGCGUGGACAAGCGCCGCAAGGACUUCAACUACAACUGGCGCCAGCUCCAAGGAGCUCUCAAUGCCUAUCGAGCUCUCCUCGGCGGCGCCAAUGAGAUCCACGUGUUCAACCGCGACGUGGACGACACGGCGGAGCGGAUCGCGGAGAAGGCGCUGGCCAUGAGCUCCACCGACACCGGACGGGACCUGGCCGCCGUGGAGGCGCUCAUCCGGCGGGAGGAGGCCCUCGAGCGCGACAUGUCCGCGGUGAAGCUGAAGAUCGACCAGCACGAGACCGCCGCCGAGUUCCUGAUCAAGAAGUAUCCGGAGCGCGGGGCGCAGCACAUCGAGCGCAAGCUGGAGGAGCUGCACAAGUCGUGGGGCAACCUGCAGGCGCUCUCCGUCCGCCGGCAGAGCCUCCUCAAGGAGGCCUUCCUGGCGCACAAGUUCGUGUCGGACGUGAAGGAGCUGGAGCUGUGGGUCAACGACAUGGUGAAGAAGAUGCGCAGCGCCCAGGCCCCAUCCACCAUCAACGACUGCGAGACGCAGCUGGAGCUGCACCAGGAGCGCAAGGUGGAGAUCGAGGGUCGCGAGGAGGCCUUCGCCGGGCUGAAGCAGCAGGGCGAGCAGCUGACCAAGCAGCAGCAACAGGAGAACCAGGUGCGCCGACAUUUGGUAGUGCUGGAGGAGCUCCACCAGACGCUGAACGAGGCGUGGAGCGAGCGUGCCCGCGACCUCACCGAGGCCCACCAGCUGCAGCUGUUCAAGGCGCAGGUGGAGCAGGUGGAGCUCUGGCUGGCCAACAAGGAGGCCUUCCUCAACAACGACGACCUCGGCGACUCGUACACCGCCGUGGAGCGGCUGCUGAAGAAGCACGACGAGUUCGAGAAGCUCCUGCACGCCGACCACGUGGACACGCUGCAGAAGUUCGCCGGCAGCAUCCUGGAGGGCGAGCCCAAGGACGCGGACCUCAUCCGCGAGAAGCUGGCCUACGUUCUGCGGAGGAAGCAGAAGCUGCUGGAGCUCUCCGAGGAGCGCAAGCAGCGGCUCACCCAGUCACUCCAGCUGCAGGAGUUCCUGCGCAGCCUCUACGAGAUCGACCGCUGGCUCGUCCAGAAACUACAGGUGGCCCUCGAUGAGAACUACCGCGAGCCGAGCAAUCUGCAGAGCAAGAUCCAGAAGCACGCCGCCUUCGACGCCGAGCUGCUGAGCAACUCGCCGCGCGUCCAGUCAGUAAUCCACGAGGGCGAGCGGCUCAUCCGCGGCGAGCACUUCGCCCGGGACGAGAUCGCCCAGCAGGUGCAGCUGCUCGAGGGCGACUGGCUGAAGCUGAAGGCCGCCUCGCAGAACAAGCAGGAGAAGCUGCGGCAGGCGCACGAGGCGCUCGCCUUCAACCGGAGCCUCGACGAGUUCGACGGCUGGAUGGACGAGGUGGAGCUGCAGCUGAGCAGCGAGGACUACGGCAAGGACCUCGCCGCGGUGAGCAACCUGCUGAAGAAGCACGAGCGCCUGGAGGCGGACGUGGCCCACCACGGCGAGCUGGCCGAGCAGCUGAAGCAGAAGGACGAGCUCUUCUUCCAGGCGGAGCACUUCCUGCGCCACGAGAUCCACGAGCGGGCCACCGCCAGCAUCCGGCGCUACAACACGCUCCACGAGCCACUCGGAAUCCGGCGGGAGAACCUCGAGGAUUCGCUCAGCCUGCAGCAGUUCCUGCGCGACGCCGAGGACGAGCUACAGUGGCUGGCCGAGAAGCAGCUGGUGGCGGGAUCCCAGGACCUCGGAACGAGCCUGCUCUCCGUGCAGGGCCUGCAGAAGAAGCACAACUCGCUGGAGGCGGAGCUCACCUCGCAGGAGCCGCUCAUCCAGGCGCUGCUGCAGCGCGGCCAGCAGAUGAUCCGCGACAACCACUUUGCCAGCGAGCAGCUGCAGUACAAGUCGGAGCUGCUCCAGAAGCAGCUCGUCCAGCUGCGCGACCUGGCGGCCAUCCGACGCCUCCGCCUGCUGGACGCCGUGGAGAGCCAGCUCUUCUACGUGGAGGCCAACGAGGCGGACGCGUGGAUGCGCGAGAAGCGCCCGGUGCUGGCCAGCAGCGACUACGGACGCGACGAGGCCUCCGUGCAGGGCCACCAGAAGAAGCUGGAGGUGCUGCAGCGCGAGCUGGCCGCCUUCAAGCCCUCCAUCGAGAAGGUGGCCAAGCUGGCCACUGGUCUCAUCGAGCGCAACCACUUCGACAGCGCCAACAUCCAGGAGAAGAACGGCCAGGUAGGCAGCCAGUACGAGGACCUGCUCCGGCUGGCCAAGGAGCGCGAGCUGCGGCUCGGCGAGUGCAAGAAGCUGUUCGAGUAUCUGCGCGAGACCGAGGAGCUGCACGAGUGGGUGGGCGACCAGAUGGCGGUCACCGCCAGCGAGGACUACGGCGAGGACGUGGAGCACGUGGAGCAGCUCAUCCUGGCCUUCGAGUCGUUCGUGUCCAACCUGAACGCCAACGAGGCGCGCGUGGAGGCCAUCCUGGAGCGCGGCGAUAGGCUGAUCCAGGAGAACAAUCCGUAUCGCAGCUCCAUCAAGGCGAAGCGCGACGAGACCAAGCAGCUGUGGGAGGAGCUGCGCGACCUGGUCCACGCCCGCCAGGAUGCCCUAGCAGGAGCCAAGCAAGUGCACGUGUACGACCGCGUGGCGGACGAGACCAUCCAGCUGAUCGGGGAGAAGGACGCCUCGCUGAUCUCCGAGGACUACGGCCAGGAUCUGGAGAGCAUCCAGGCGCUGGGCCGCAAGCACCAGGUGUUCGAGUCCGAGCUGGUGGCCAUCCAGGCCCAGGUGGACUCCGUGCUGGCCGAGGCGGUCAAGCUGGGCGAGAUCUACCCGGACGCCCGCGAGCACAUCGAGGUGAAGCGCGACGAGACGGUGGAGGCGUGGUCGGAGCUCCGCGAGAAGACCGCCGCCCGGAAGAACAAGCUCAGCCAGGCGGAGCAGCUGCAGUCGUAUUUCGACGAGUACCGCGACCUCAUCGCCUGGAUCAACGAGAUGCUGGCCAAGAUCACCGCGCCCGAGCUGGCCACCAGUGUGGCCGGGGCGGAGCUGCUGCUGGCCAGCACCAAGGACCACGACACCGAGAUCCGCGCCCGCGACGAGACGUUCGCCAAGUUCGCCGCCAACGGGCAGCAGCUCAUCCGCGAGAAGCACUUCCUCGCCCACGAGGUGGAGGACAAGAUCAAGGUGCUGCAGGCGCGCCACGAGCUGCUCAAGCAGACGCUGCGCAAGCGCCGCGAGAUCUACGAGCUCAACCUGGACACGCAGCUCUUCCUCAAGGACGCCGAGAUCCUGGAGCAGUGGAUAAGCAGCCGCGAGCCGCAGCUGAAGGACGCCAAGCUGGGCGACUCCAUUCCCCAGGUGGAGGACCUGCUGCGCCGCCACGAGGACUUUGAGAAGACGGUGGCCGCGCAGGAGGAGAAGUUCCAGGCCAUCAAGCGGAUCACGCUGCUGGAGCAGCUCUUCCGCCACCAGCUGGAGCAAGAGAAGAUCAGCAAGCAGCAGGAGAAGGAGCGACUCGAGAAGGAGCGCCUGGAGCAGCUCAAGCAGCGCGAGCUCCAGCGGCUGGCGGACGAGCGCCGGCGGGCAGAGAAGCAGCACGAGCACCGCCAGAACGCCGCCUCCCAGGAGAAGACGCCCAUCUUCUCCGCGCCCAUGGUGACGCCCGCCCAGACGGCGAGUGGCGGCCAGUCGCCGGCGGCCCAGCUGCGUCCUCCGUUCGGCGAGGCGGCCGAUAGCGAUCACCUGGCCCUGCAGAAGAGCAGCUCCAGCGGCAUGUUCGGCGACCGCCUGCGCCGCGGAUCCGCCGACGCGAACGUGAAGCGCGCGGAGAGCAUGAAGGUGCAGCCGAAGCAGGCCAAGCGCACGCCCUCCUUCACGACGAGGCGGCGGGCGCAAUCGUUCCGCAAGAACCAGAAGGGCGAGGGCUUCGACCUGCCGCCCGUCGAGAUCCAGGGCAGCCUGGAGCGCAAGCACGGCCUGCAGUCCGGCGGCAAGAAGGCGCCGGUCCGCUCCUGGAAGCAGUUCCACACGGUGCUCUGCGGCCAGCUGGUGUGCUUCUUCAAGGACGAGAACGACUUCCUGCAGCAGAAGACGGCCACCGCCCCGGUGAACAUCCUGGGCGCCAAGUGCGAGCGGGCGGAGGACUACACCAAGAAGAAGUACGUCUUCCGGCUGAAGCUGCCCGACGGCUCCGAGUUCCUCUUCGAGGCGCCCUCGCUGGACAUCCUCAACGACUGGGUGCGCAAGAUCUCCUUCCACGCCAGCCUGCCGCCAAACAUGCAGCUGCUCAGCUACGACGAGUCCAUGAAGCAACAGUCGAGCAGUUCGCCGGACAUCAAGGUAACCAGCAGUGUGGAGUCGCCUGUGAGCUCCCGCAACUCCUCGCCCGACUCCCAGCGAAGGACCAGUGGUGGUCAGGUGCUGGACGGCACUGCCACCCCCCAAAUGGCCUUCCUGCAGCGACAGAUGCAGCAGCAGCAGCAACAGCAACAGCAGCAGCAAUCCCAGCCCAGUUCACCCAGCUCGUCCACCGCCGGAUUCGACCAGAGGCCACCGAUCCCGCCCAGAGGAGCACCACCGGUGGCCAGCCAGCGCCAGAGCCAGGAGAACCUGGUAGUGCUGCGCAACCGCCAGAGUUCCAACAACGACCUGCAACAAUCCGCCACUUUGCCCGCCGGCUUGACUGGCGUCCAGCAGCAGAAUGGGAGCAGCAGGGACGACAGCACAGUGCUGACGCGCAACAGCGAGGCCAGACAAUCGGAUAAUCCGCCGCCAUUGCCAACGACGAUGCCACCAGUGGGUGGUCACCAUCAGCAUCAGCAUUCCCAUUCCCAUCAGAGUCAGAAUCAGAGUCAGAGCCACCAGGCGCAGGUCCAGCAGAGGAUCAACGCCUUCAACGCGGCGGCGAGUCAGCAGAACCAGCCGGAUUACUACAACAACAACCUGGCGAGGCAGCAGCAUCAGCAGCAGCAGAGGGUUCCCUCCGGCAGGAUCGACUCCACGCGGAAGUUCAUCGAGAUGGAGGCGCAGAACAACAACGGAGGCACCACCGGAGGCAGUCCCAAGCGGAGCACCAUCAACUACUCGAGCAGCGGGGCCAGCAGCAAUGGCAACGGUAAUGCGAAGAUCGCGGGUGGAGGCCACCAGUCGUCCACGACGACGAUCACCACCUCGACCUCGACCACCACCACCACCCACCAAGUGACCUCGAGCAGUCGCACGGUGUGGCACCUAACCUCAUCGCCCACCUCAUCGACCAAGUCAUCAUCCACUGGCGGCUCCGCGGAGCCCAGCCACGCCAUCAGUAAUCCAAGCUACAUGGGUCUGCAUCUGAAUAACAAUAACGAAUCAAUCGGAAUCGGACUCGGUGGUUGGGGCAACACCCGCUUCGAGAGCAACCGACCCGUCUCCCUGCAGCCCGACUCCAUCAGCUUCUCGCGCGUUUCGGCAGAGAGCUCCAGCGAAAGCGAGGCCCAGUCCAUAUCCUCCGUGUCCGGGGUGAAGGGCAGCAAGGGCUCCAAGGAGGAGCGGCGCAGCGGCAUGUUCCGCAUCUUCGGACGCAAGGGCGACAAGGAGAAGGAGAAGGACAAGGACAAGCGCCGGUCGAGUCAAGUCCCGCCGCAGUAAGGACCCAGCCAGGACGAAUUGUUUUUGUAUUUUUUAUAUACACCAUAAUUAUUUAAUUUGUAUCCGCCGAGGGCAAACCGAUUCAAAAACAAACAGAAAACGAAAAAUUGAAAAUUAAACGUGUCUACUUAAAGCUAAAGCGAUGAAAAGUAUAAAUGAAAUAUUAUAUAUAUAUAAAGUCAAUGUUUUAAUUGCAUUAUAAAAUGUAUCUGUAAGUUUGUUCGUUGUAUGAUUAAAUUUAAUUUCUUAAAAAAAAUACCUUAAACAAUAAAUACUUUACACUAUAUAAACAUA